AUGACGUCAACGAAGAAGGUCGUGGUACUCAUCUCAGAUGAAGAGAUCAGGAAGGUCUUCAUUGAAAUUCUCAACCGCAUGGAGGUGGCGACUGGAAAAACAUUGAGCGAACUACUGCAGAUACGCCAUCCAAUGGAUUACCGUGGCUGUGAGAGUUUCCACGUGAUGUGUGUGGGAGUGGAAGACUCAUGGGUAGUGGAGGGAAUAUCCCGAGCCAUCCGAACCCUCCUUGUUGCCGAUGGGGGGACUUCUUCUACAGCACAAAGUCGUAUGGGACUCUGGAAGGAGAUGGUGCGGAAAGGCCUCCUGUUGCACCGGCCUUGGACAUCCUCCCCUGCCCUUGAAUCGCUUUCUCAGGAUGACUGGAAAGAACUGAAUCGAAAAAGCAGCUUCCUAAAGGUACAGUUUUCAAGGCUCAUGCUUAUUUUCAAAUCUGUUGCAUCCCUGACUUAUUUCACAAACAGGAAGUUGAAUCGCUUUCUCCUGCAUCCUCUGCAGAUCCCAAUGAGUACUGGGGAUGAUGCGACGACGACAAGGCACAAAACGACUUCCUGUUCAGAGGAGACGCAGAGGAUUUUUGCCAUGGGGGAAAGUGCAGACGGGCGAUAUGGGAUAUGGGAACUCCGUUCGGAUCCGACUCUCUGGGUUCAUUUCUACUAUAGCUCCACCGAAGUGUUCCUUGCCAACUCUGGCAGAUUAAUUCACGCAGGAGAUGGGGAAGUGAAGAUUCUCCGCUUGGAAGAAAAGGAUCCCAGUGAAGCUCCUUACAGAUGGGAUGAGGUCCUCCGCCGCGAUGAAUCCUCUCCUUUCUUCGUCGAACGAACAACGGGGAUCGUGAUUCAGGACAAUCUCUUCAUGGCUGGAGGGGAGGGAAAUCCCAGGGAGGGACGCUUAGUAAACCUCGUCAAGGAGGAGUGGACGGUUCUUCCUCCAAUGACAGAAGGGAGAUGUGAUGCAUCUUCGGUAAUGAGGGACCCACACACAGUCCUCGUCUUGGGAGGUUACGACCCAGAAGAAAAUAGGUUCCUUUCCAGCUGCGAGUGUUACGACGUACGAAUGCGCCAGUGGUUCUCCUUCUCCCACCACAUUCCACAACCUCUCAAGCAGCAUGCCGUCACCGUAUACAAUGAUGAUAUAUACAUUUCGGGCGGAUUAAGAGGGGAGAAAUCCAGGAGGGAGGUGUAUAAGUGGAAGGUGAAAGGGGGAGAGUCCUGGUACCAACUCCCCUCUUUAAACAAACUCAGACAUGAUCAUGGGAUGGUGGGAAACGGAGCGGGGGGCCUCUCUGUCAUCGGCGGGAUGAAUGAGUCACAGUCAACGAAAAAAGUUAUCGAGAGGGAGUCUUUCAAUAUGAAGGAAUGGGUUAUCCAGGAAGAACUUCCCUUCCAGGGUCUCUGGAAGGCGACGGAGAUGAAGUGAGUCGGUGAAUGGCGAUCUCCGAACUCAUGCUUCUCUAUCUUUCUACAUCUAUCUACUCAUUCAAGGAGAACUUUAAACUGAAAUCUAUCUAAUCCAAAUGGACUCAUUGUUCUCCCUUCCAUGUUCGAUUGAUGGCGAUGUUGCGUCGACAUGGCGGCCUUCAGUCGGAAGCAGUAGUCAAAAUGCACCGAGUGAAGGUAGCCAUUUUGCUCUCGCUCUCCCAUCCGUUCUCUACGCGCCUUUUCUAAUUUUCCACUUGACGAGGAAGUGUGAAAUCCUGUGCUUUCUUGGGUAAAUACAGCGCUGACUUCUCAGCAAGCAAGAACUUCGUUAAAAACUUUUUCGGGAAAUGUUAUCAUGCACAAUGCCUCCAAGAAAUGGUGCCGCCCUUGGAACUUGGCGAUAGUGAGGGUCAUGAUUCAUUUACGAGUCCAUUUUUCUUCAAAAAAUUAAGAAAACGAAGUCUCGAGCUGUUUCACUUCGACGUCUCUCUGAGGCAACGAAUUUUUGUCCCCACCUUUUGUACGCAGUCUUUCUCAACAGUAAAAUUACAUCACGUACGAAACAUUAAAAAAUAUUACAAUAGAAAGUAUAGUUUCUAUUUUCUUGACAGAGUUCAUCGAGUUAAAUGAUGGAAUAACCAACAGGAACCAGAGGUACCGACUGGAACAUAGGUCAAUUUAUUUCUUCGACGAUUCUAUCUUUUAUUUAGGACAGGUGCAUCUUUCUGGACUACUAACACAUUGAAGGAAAGAAUGCCUGAAAACGAUAUGAGCACAAUUCGAAACGGUUUUAAUCACGAUUUUAUCCCCUCCAUGACAUUCAAAUGCAAGAUUAUGCCUCCCGUACCUGAACACGAAGCCUAGAAUGAAAGGCGAAGUGCAUUUUUUGUGGACUUUUAUUUUUACUUUUUGAUUCAUUGCUGAACCCCGCUGUUCUUGAGUAGUUCUAGGUUUUGUAAAAUAGUUACAAACAUUUAACUGCUGUACUCCCUUGUGACCCUUUUGCAAUGUCGCAGAUUAUAACGAAGACACAGGUUCCAUUGGCCUCAUCCGAAAACGUAAUCAGCAUAUGCAAGAUAGACAUAUUCAGGGACUUACGCCCAUUGAGCUCGACAUCGAGUCUCAGGUGAGGUCUAAACCCAGAAAUAAGGUGACUCAAUUCUCUUAUGGUAAUUGUCUGGGAGGCCAGAAAUUUCGCUCUGCAGUGUGGAGGUUGAAAAUGUUAGUGAAAAUUUAAAUUUUCGGACGAAUUUCGGAUGAAUUACUCUUUUCAUAUAUGCAGCUCUGUCAACAAAAGCCAUUGCAGCGUCAAUUGAUGUAGCACCCUAAUUGAUCCUUUGAGUUCUUUGAUAUUUGACUCCGAGAAUCUCUCCCAAGAUUGGGCAAUUUCCAAUAGCUAUGCUGUGUUUUGGUGCCUUGCAGUGUAGGCUGUCUGCCUUCGUCACAUAUUGAAAUAAAAAUGUGUACCGAAUGCUAUCGACGUACGUCAAUAAUUA